AUGUCAAGACAUAUUGAUGAUAUAAAAAAUAUGCUUUUUGAUGAACCUGAUUUUGAUAGUGAUAAUAAUAAUGAUGAAGUUAAAAGUCGUUUUGAUGUACAUAAAUUAGGUAUUAAAGGUUUUGAAAAAAGUAAAUAUGAAGAUGCUCGUGUUGCAUUAGCUGUUAGUUUAGGAGCCAAACUAACAAACCGCAAAUUUAUUAAUUAUCGUGAGUUAAUUGAAGAAAAAUACAAAUGGACAUUUGAUGAUGAACCAGAAGAUGAAAAACCAAUUAUUGUUGAACUUGAUAAUCAAUAA